GUUGGACAGCAUGGCUGAAGAAAAUAGCUCUCAGAAUGUUUGGCCAGAAAUAGAAAAGGCAGAGAAGGAGAACCGGCGUGAGUUGGUGCUUCAGGGUUCAGCGGUUGACAAAAAGAUCCAGAGUAGCGGCGGACUUCAUGCGGGACUUUAUUCCCUCUCGCUCCUGAACUACCUGGAGGUCAGUCAGUGUCCCAGUUUACAUGAAAUCCACGAGAACAUCAGAAACCUGUCUCAUCUACAGAGUCUGAUCCUCUGCAGGAACAAGCUCACUUCCGUGCCUAAAAGCAUCGGCCACCUGAAGGCGGUCAAAGUGCUGGAUUUGUCCGUGAAUCAGCUGCAGGCUCUGCCGGAGGAGAUCUGUGCUCUGACCGAGCUCAACACACUAAAUGUCAGCUGUAACAGCCUCACUGCUCUGCCUGACGGUCUCAGCAAGUGUGUGAAGCUCGCCAGUAUCAAUGUGUCCAAAAAUGAGCUUUCACGGCUCCCAGAAGACCUGUGGUGCUCUGGCCUGGAGCUCCUCAGCAGCAUUAUUGCAUCAGAAAACGCGAUUGAAGAGCUGAGCAGUGAGAUUCAGAACCUGCCUUCACUGAAGGUUUUGGAUCUCUCCAACAACAAGCUCCAGGAGCUUCCAGCAGAAUUGGCUGACUGCCCUAAACUGAAAGAGACUAAUUUCAAAGGCAACAAGCUGAAGGACAAGAGGCUUGAGAAGAUGGUAAAUGGCUGCCCUACCAAAUCAGUGCUGGAUUAUCUCAGAGCGGGAGGGAGAGGAAAAGGGAAAGGCAAACAGCAGGACGGAGAGGUGAACGAGAAGGUUGACAGUAGUCGUAACGCCUCCAAAAAGAAAAGUGCCGCGAAACAGAAAAGCAAAAAAGAGGAAGAGGAUGUGGAUGAGCUCAAUCAGAUGGUUGUGAGAAUUCUGCACAUUUCAGAAUCACCUACAGCCGUCACGGUGAAAGUUUCUGCAGCAGUCAAAGAUGUCCGACCAUACAUUGUGUGCUGCAUUGUGAAAGGCAUGAACCUCAGACAAGGAAAUUCACUUAAGAGGUUUUUAGUUGCUCAGACCAAACUCCAUGAUGAGAUUUGUGCCAAAAGGACAACAGCAACCAUUGCAACACAUGACCUGGGCUUGCUAAAGUAUCCUCUGCUGUAUGAUGCUAGGCCACCAGAUACACUGAAGAUCAUUCCUCUGGGUCGUAAGGAGGUGAAGGCAGUUGAUCUUCUGAGGCAACUUCAACAGGAAGCACACGAACAGAGAAAACAGAAAAAGCGGCAAAACGUUUCAGGACUCCACAAAUACCUUCAGCUGCUUGAUGGGAAAGAUCUCUACCCUUGCUUGGUUGACGCAGAGGAUCAUGUAAUCUCAUUCCCACCAAUCACAAACAGUGACAAGACAAAGAUAAAGAAGACCACAAAAGAACUGUUUUUAGAAGUGACCAGCUCCACCAGCCUACAGAUUUGUAAAGAUGUCAUGGACGCAUUGAUUAUAAAAAUGGCUGAGCUUAAUAAAUUAAGCUUUGACUCAAAGGAGGUGGUGGGCUCAGAUGAAGAGACGACUGCUGUUUCAGAUCAUCCUGCAGAGGAACCGACCUCCUUUGAGCUGACCGUACUGCAAGUGAAGGUUGUAGAUGUGGAUGGGAACCUUAAAGUGGUUUACCCUUCAAAAACUGACCUGAUGUCCAGUCCCAGUAAUCUAUCCAUCAUCCGAUAACAAACCUUAACUGCUAAGUUAUGUAAUGUGUUGAAUGCACUUCCCACAUGUCCCUCUCAUUCAACUAAAAUGGAUAUUAAAACAUUCAUUUAAAUAUUGUA